CCAUACUUGAAAACCACGUGUCUUUUUCAUAUCUCUUCAAAACAGGGACUUAUAAAAAUAUCCUCUUAACAGGAUUUUUUUAGAUGGUGACGAAUAAUAAUGGAAAAACAAACAACAUUGGCUACCGUCAACAGUCCGACUGAUACCGUACUAAAUCUUAGUACAGAUUCUGGCUUUUAUACGGAUUGGAAGUAUGAGUACCAACUGGACACCGAGCAGGGCAUUGCGAAUCCCUAUCCCACGGACACAAUUAUGCCCGCUGCCACACGGAUGAUUAGCACGCUUUGCGCAUUCUUCAAGCUACCGCAUAGCAUUGAAUUUUCGGCCAUUGACACUCUGGAACAACUGGUGAUUGAGACCUUGAAAAAAGAUGCAUCACCAGAUAAAUUUGCGGAAAAUGUUGUAGAGAAUUUGCCUUUUUACGUGAUUGCAAUCUUAAGCCUCGUGUCCAAAUGUUUCAAUGCUCGCACAAUACUCGAUCCCGCGCUGCAAAAGCAGAUACUACAGGCAAAUUUUCCUGAUUUGGAAUGGAACGAGCAAAAAUUGGCGACAAUUGAAUUCAAAGUUAUGAAAACAUUAAACUACAAGGUGUCACAAUCACUACUGCUGGGUGCGGUUGAACGGUUUACAAAAGAAGACAUAUUAACACGUGGAAUAGCUCGAAAAGAUUUUGUCGGAUCGUUGGGUAUUAAACUACUGCGAGUCGUGUAUGCUCAAAAGAGUCAGAUCUACGCCAGCUUGAAACCGAACGUCAAGUGUCAAGACUUGUUUACUCGGUUCAAGUCGAACAAACUGAUUCUAGCAGCCGCAACGGUAACGGCAAUCCUGAAGUUUUGUGCUGCUGACGAGGAGCUAGUAGCUGACAAUGUCGUCAAGCGGCUGUCCAACGAUUGCUUCGUAGAGCCGAAAAAUAUUACUCUUCUACGAGACGCCAUUGUAAACGUGAUUCGAUAAUUCAUAAGUAACGUGGGUGAAGGGGAAGUAUACAGCGAAUGUUGUAAG